AUGUGGAAAUAUCGAAUCGUAAAACCUCUUUCACUCGCUGCGGCGGGCUCCUUUUUGGCGAGCAAGCGAACAGUUACCGUAGCUGCUAAAGACGAAGAAAGAGAAUCCGCUUCUCACAUCGAGACGCUUUUGCAAACGACGAGAAUGGCGAUGGAGGAACUGAACUCGUCUUUCUCCCAACUUUGCAAGCUGCAGUACAAGUCCAUGAACACAUCCCUUAAAUCUGCCGAAGACCAGCUCUCCCUCCAGUGGGCGCUCUUCCAGAAACUCGAAGAAGUCGAGCAAAUCAUUCAAAACGUCGAAGUGACACUGGAGGCCUCGCAAAACAGCGCUGCUUGUCUUGAAGAUCUCGAAGGAGUUGAAGCUCUUCAAGAUCGUGCUGAAAAGCUGCAGUCGAUUAAAGGAAAGCUUUCGGCGUUAAUCGACUUGCGAAAUGAUUCGAUUCCAAAAGAUGCUCUUGGCGCUUUCGAGGACGACUCUUUCUCUUCGCUAGAACUGGACAACGUAGUCUGCUCGAUGUUCUUUUACAAAAACAAAUUGAAAAAGCAACUGGACGAGCUAAAAAGCGGCGAGAACGAUUACAUCGAGCGACACAGAAGCGCCAAUCUUCCAGCCGCCCAAGCACGCGUCAAGGCCGAGUAUGAUCUUAAGCUGACCCAGCUGGAGAAGCGAUUCGAUGAGUCAGUAAAAGCACUGUACGAAGAGGUGAAGGAGGAAUUCGAAGAGGAAUUGGGCGAGAAGUUUCUGGAGAAUUUGAGGGAGCGGAUCGAGUGUUUGAAUUCGCAGCUGGAGCUUCAAAGAGCACAAUUUUCGCAAGAAUUGGAAGAGAAGAUGAAUGCAGAUCUUGAAAUUGUUGCGAUGAAAAACCUUCAAUUAAAACUUUCAGUUCUUGGCGAAAGUGAAAAACUCUCUGCAGCUCUGGAAUCCGCAGCAGCAGAAGACGCAGCCGCCAAGGAAAAAUAUCUUCCAGCUUCAGAAGUGUGGCUCAGCGAGUUAUAUUCCACCCAAAGGCACGUUUAUCUCCAAAGACUGCUGCGAGAACUGAGUGACUUGGAAGAAAAACUGCUAAACUCUUCCUUGCCUUCGAUUUCCGUCGCUCCGUGUUUGGGAUAUCGACUCUCUGAAGUCUUCUCGAUUUCUGAAGUGACUGAUAGAGUCUCUCUUCAAAGAAAAAGCGUUUUUAAUCCGAUUUCAACAGAGUCAAAAGAAGUCGUUGAAAAAAUGGCCUCUUUGGCGCGGGAAAAAGGAUUGAUAAACGCGGAGAACCACGGAAUUCUCGCCGAGAAUCUUUCUUUCUUGCGAUCGAAAUUCUACAGCUGGUCGAAACCAGCGGAAAUGAGCGAAUACUUGCGGAAAUCCGGUUUCUCCGAAGUAGACCAACUUCUCUCCGGCUUUCUUUUCGCCCUUCAAAAAGACGAUGUCGAAACAGCGGUGAAAAUCAUGAAUCAAUCUUCUGGCGAGCUGAGGAGGAUAUUUCAGCCCUGGCUUGACGAGAGCAGAUGUUAUCUUGAAACUCUUCAAGCUAUUUCAGUCGCAAAAGCAGUCCUAACGUCGAAAGUUCUAUCCUGUUAA